AUGGCGCCCCCUUUCCGCCUGCUGAUCCUACUCUCGGUUGCCUCCCUCGCAGCUGCCGAGAUCCGAUUCUCCGAGAUUCGAUCCGACGACCGGCCGAUAAUCCCUUUCGACGAGUUCGGGUUCACCCACCGUGGCCAACUGGAGCUCAACAUCACCAAGCUCUCCCUUUCCGGCCCCGCCACCGAUCUCUCGGCCCUAUCGAGCGUGGGAUUCUUCCUCUGCACCCGCGACGCCUGGGUCCACGUGCUCCAGCAAAUCGAGGACGCCGAGAUUAAUUGCGUCCUCGGAUCCGACGCCGUACAGAAAGUCUACACCUUUGACCGCCUCCCGUCCCCCUCCGCCUCCGAAUUGAACUUUCUCUACGCCGAGUCCGACGCCGAUCAGUACACCCUCGUGUUCGCCAACUGCCUUCCGCAGCUGAAGGUGUCUAUGAACGUUCGGUCGGCCAUGUACAACCUGGAGGACGGCAGGUCCAACCACCGUGAUUAUCUCUCAGCCGGUAAAACCGUUCUGCCUAGGGUUUAUUUCCUCUUCUCCAUCAUCUACUUCGUUUUGGCCGCCACCUGGAUCGCUGUUUUGUACAAGAAGAUGUUGACGGUUUUUGGGAUUCACUUCUUCAUGCUGGCCGUGGUGCUCCUGAAAGCACUGAAUUUACUGUGUGAGGCUGAGGACAAAUCAUACAUCAAGCGGACGGGGUCUGCCCAUGGCUGGGAUGUGUUGUUUUACAUAUUUAGUUUCCUGAAGGGAAUUACUUUGUUUACUUUGAUCGUGUUGAUUGGGACUGGGUGGUCGUUCUUGAAGCCCUACUUGCAGGAUAAGGAGAAGAAGGUAUUGAUGAUCGUGAUCCCGCUUCAGGUGGUAGCAAAUAUAGCACAGGUGGUGAUAGAUGAGACAGGGCCUUUCGGUCAGGAUUGGGUCACCUGGAAACAGGUGUUCCUGCUUGUUGACGUUGUUUGCUGUUGUGCGGUGCUUUUCCCUAUCGUGUGGUCGAUCAAAAACUUGCGUGAGGCGGCCAAGACCGAUGGAAAGGCCGCUGUAAAUCUGAUGAAGUUGACUCUGUUUAGGCAGUAUUAUAUAGUGGUGAUAUGCUACAUUUACUUCACGCGUGUUGUGGUCUAUGCUCUUGAGACCAUUACAUCAUAUAAGUACCUUUGGACUAGUGUGGUGGCGGGGGAGUUGGCCACACUUGCAUUCUAUGUCUUCACUGGGUACAAGUUCAAACCCGAGGCCCACAACCCGUAUUUUGUGAUUGAUGAUGAGGAGGAGGAGGCUGCAGCAGAACAGUUGAAGCUGGAGGACGAGUUUGAAUUGUGA